CACCGCUCAUCACUCGUCAAAGUCGAGACGUUCGUUGAAGGGGGCUCGAUCGCAAAGAGGGUCCUUGACACUGAACGAAAGCAAGCGGGCCGAACACUGAGCGAGAGCGGCUAGACGACGAUGACAUCGCACCGCAGACAAGGCAUGCCGCUUGCUUGGGUUCUCCCCGUCAAAGCACGGCUCCUCCGCCGGUCCGCCGGCUCUCUCUUCAUUCGCGGUAGUCAGGGGCGCACCCAGGAGUCACAUCAUCCAAGCCGCUGAGCCGCUCCCCCAUUCGCUGAGAGGGCGUCCACGCAUCCAUUAGCCAAGCCGGUACUCAGCUCUUCUUGUCUCUCGAUCCAAACCUUGAAUUUGCGGUUCCCUCCUUCCCACCACCACAACCCUGUACGCCCUCUCUUGCCUCUUCACCCUCCCUUCACCGCUGCUACACUCUACUCUUGCUCAACAUGAUGUCCCGCCUCGCCAAAUUCACGGCCCUCGCAACCCUGGUAGCUCUCGUGACCCUCGUGCCCCUCGCCUCGCAGGCCUUUGAGAUCGUCGCUCCUAGCAAGGAGUGGUGGUGGGUAGCCAAUGCCUCUAACCACCUCUAUUGGAAGGCCAACCACUCGGAUCCUGAGCACUUCACCGUUCAGCUUGUCAACGCCGCUGACAACUCGCGAAUGAAGCCCAACUUCGAGAUCGGCAACGACAUUCAGACGGCCAAGGGGCAGACCAACAUCCGCCUCGACUCGGUGCCCGAGGGAACGUAUAAGGUCCUCUUCGUCAGCCCCAACUCUGAGCAAAAGCAACAGCCCGAUAUCUACUACCAGUCUGAGCCUUUCGAUGUCAAGCAUAAUGGCCUCGCUCAGCAUGCCGUCAAUCCCAAUCUGAGCCAUGACCCCUAUGCGGACGACAAUGGCGGCGGCAGCGCCAGCAAGCUCAGCAACAACGGCGAUCAGUCGGCCUCCGGUCAGGACUCUUCUCCUGACGGUCAGAAAGGCAAGAGCGAUCAGCAGAACAAGGGCAAGGAUGCCAAGAAUGGCGGCGACGACGAUGGACUCUACAACGAGAAUGGUCAGACGGCAGCCAAGCCCGCCGUCACUCCUGACGAGGCCAAUGGUAAUGGCGAAGACAAGGGCGACGAUGGCAAAGGCAGUGACCAGGGCUCGUCCAGCCCCGACGACAAAGGCGGAAAGGGUGAUGAGCCGUCUUCCUCCAAGGACAAAGAUGGCAACGGGCAAACAUCUUCCUCCAAGGGCCAGAGCUCUGAUGCUUCCUCGUCCAGCACCAACCCUGACUCCAGCGUCUCUUCUGCCUCGAACUCGUCCACCGUCGGCACCCACAUGGGCUCGAUGCCACAGAGCCCUGCAGCAGCGAACCUCACGGGAACAGACGCUGGUAGCAACUCCUCGAGCGAGAGCAUGCCCCUUUCCCCAAACAUCGGCCAAUCGCAAAGCGCAGCAGGGGACACUGUCAAGCCUGCCAACGCUGCCAUGGCGCUGCGCGCAGACGGCCCUCGACUCCUGCUCGGGACAACGGCCGCUCUCGCACUUACUGGUGGCAUCUUCGCCUUCGCCGUUUGAGCCGUCUCUUCAUCGUCGCCACAUCUCCAUUGACUUCUCAUUUCCGUCUCUGGACCGGCCUCGUCGUACAAUGAUCCCCCCGCAACCCCACAUCCCACCUCACUCCUCACGAAACACGAGAGUCGCCCCCUUCACCUCGCCCGCCACACGCAUUCAUACCCACUGUAAGUCCUCAUCAGCCUGAUCAUCGCUCUCACCAUUUGUGGUCGAGAGUGCCUUCACCCUUCGUCUCUUAAAGUCUUCUCUGCAAUGAAAAGAAGGCCACGUCGCUCCAUGUCCU